AUGAACGUGUGCAAGGGAUGCAAAAAUCUCAUCACAGAUUCUGUGUUUAUGAGAGUAACACCAGACCAAGAAUGGCAUACCGAAUGUUUGAAGUGUUUUCGAUGCGGUAUAAUGUUGAACGAUUCCAUGUUAACACGAUGCUACAUACCAGAUGGGCAACCCCUUUGUGAGAUGGACUAUCUAAGGUAUGGCGGAAUCUUUUUGUACAUUAUUGUGUUUCAUAGAUACUGUGUUACGUUAUUCUUGAAAAAAUGUGCGGGAUGUGGGAUUGAGUUGGAAAAGAACGACUUAGUGAUGAAAACAGAGAAGAGAUUCUUUCAUGUCAAAUGUUUUACAUGUCAAAUAUGUCAUGCAUUGCUGACGUCAGGUGAUCAAUUUCGUAUGACAGAGAAGGGAGUCAUAUGUCAUGUACAUAAUCAGGACUUGAAGAUUCAGAUGAAAAGCACUGGCUUUGUACCUAAAAAUAUUUUGUGCGCAUCUGAAGUAAAAGAAUAUCUUAUCGGGGAAAAAAAAUCGGGGGAAAAUUUCGUCAGAAUAAAAGAAAAAGGUCGGGGUAAAUUCUUAGUCGGGUAUAAAAAUCGGCAUCGACAUUUUUUUUGUCUAGCAGAGCAACCAAACUCAAGAAGUCACAACACUACUGAAAGUAAGGCGGAACAAUUAAAGUCAGCCAGAGAGAGGACAGUCAUAAACGAAAAACAAUUGCUGAUCUUGAAUGCGUGGUACGCUGACAAUUCUCGGCCGGAUGCUUUGUUAAGGGAAGAACUGGGUCACGUAACUGGUCUGUCAACUCGUGUGAUAAGGGUGUGGUUUCAAAACAAAAGGUGUAAAGACAAAAAAAAAUCCGCAGCUUUGAAGAAACAACAGAAUGUUUUAUUAGUAAGUGAAAUCUUGCCGGCUCGUUAAUUUAGCAUUGUUUCAAAUCGCUUUAUUUUUUCGCAGUAAUUUCUGACUCGGAGUUAACCCGGAAUUGAUUAAUUUUUUUGAAGAAAUAUGCCUAAUA